AUUACUCCCGGUGCCUCUACAAAAAGUCGGCCCUAUCUCCUCUAUCAUUUACGGCACCUCUUGCAUUCCCCAACGACGCUCCUAUACCCCCCUAUACCCCCCCUGCCCCGCAUAGAAAGAGAAAAGAGAGACCAUGUCCCCCCCUGCUGAUGGCAAGCUUGGCAAGCGAGAGUCCGGUACCGCUCGUAUCCUCGGUUCAGGUGCUUCUGGUAUCGCCGAGUUGAUGGUCUUCCACCCUGUUGACACUGUCGCCAAACGUCUCAUGUCCAACAAGUCCGCCCUCUCCGCCCAAUCCCUCAACACCAUCAUCUUCCGCUCCGCCGCCCAAGCCCCCAUCGGCACCAAGUUCCUCUCCCUCUUCCCCGGUCUCGGCUAUGCUGCAGGCUACAAGAUUGCCCAGCGGGUGUACAAGUUUGGCGGGCAGCCGUGGUUUAGGGAUGUGAUUGACAAGAACGGUGGAGGGUGGUUCAAGAGCACUUUUGGGAACAAGUGGGGUGGGAUGUUGAUGCAUGCUACUGCUGGAUCUUUCACUGGUAUUGGUGAAGUUGUCCUCCUCCCCCUGGACGUCCUCAAGAUCAAGAUGCAGACCAACCCCGACGCCAUCCGAGGCCGAGGUCUCGUCAAGCUCGUCACUGAAGAAGGUAUUGCUUCGCUCUACCGAGGAUGGGGAUGGACCAUGGCAAGGAACGCCCCUGGGUCUUUCGCUCUGUUCGGUGGUUCUGCCGUCACUAAAGAGUUCCUCUUCAACCUCUCCGAUUACUCUUCUGCCACCUGGUCUCAAAACUUUGUCGCCUCCAUCGCCGGUGCCGUCGCUUCCAUCACCGUCGCCGCUCCCCUGGACGUCGUCAAGACCCGUAUCCAGAACGCCAACUUUGGCUCCCAAGUCGGCGGUGCGACUAUUAUCAAGGAGAUGAUCAAGACGGAGGGUAUGGGAGCGUUCUUCAAGGGUCUUACUCCCAAGAUCCUCGUCGUCGGCCCCAAGCUCGUCUUCUCCUACACCCUCGCCCAAAGUCUGAUCCCCUUCUUUGGCAAAUACGUGUAAUGCCAGCCGACGUAAACCCACCGGGUAGAGAUACCCGUAGAAUAGCCCUGGCCGAUGACCCUACGUACACUCUCCUCUCAAUUCGUAAUGCAGCAGACAGCGCACCCUUGUACCAUUCUCAUUCUCUUUCUCUUUCUAUGCAUCACUGUCCCCUCGACGAACAA